AUGACGCAGAAAAUGGAGGAUAAGGCAUUGCCUUUCAACAUCCAGCAUACCAAAAGCCGCAUGGCUGAACUUCUGGCUGCAGACGUUGUUGUUGCUGCAGGUUCAGCGACCCUGAUUACCCCAGCCGUCAUGAUCUUUGACAGACUCGUCGUUGAGAAAUCUUUCUACAAUCAACCUAUGUUCCCAGCAUUCCGUCGACACCUCUGGUUCUCUAUCACACAACCCGCAACCUUCUUAACAUCUCGACCAAGUCUUCUUGUCUGGUCCCUUUACACGGCAACUUUCGCAACAGCAAAUGCCACAGAGACAAUCCUGGGCAAGUGGUAUCCAAACAUCGACCACGCAAUUGCAGGAAUGACCACAUUCGCCACCACAUUCAUAGUCAAUUCCUCCGUGGGAAUCUGGAAGGACGUCAAAUUCGCCCAAUUAUUCGGUCAGCCCAACACCUCAAUUAAAAAGACAGCUUCUACAACCCCACCAACAUCAACUCCAACUCCCACAUCAACUCCAAUCCCCAAUACAGCCAAUACACCCUCUACAGCCUCAUCCUCCCCAACCUCAGCCCCCAAAACAGCCCGCUCAUUCGGCCGCACCCGUAUCCCACUAGCAACUUACUCCGCCUUUCUCCUCCGCGACGGCCUCACUAUCUUCGGCUCCUUCAGCCUCCCCGCCAUGGUCUCCGCCUCAAUCCCAGACUCAGUGGCCUCCCAAGAAUACCUCAAGAUCCUCAUCGCCCAGCUGGCCAUCCCCGCCUCAAUCCAGCUAAUCAGCACCCCCAUUCACCUCCUCGGAUUGGACCUGUACAACCGACCACAGGUGAUGCCCACUAAAGAACGCCUCGGACGCGUCAGUCGUGACUGGAUUGGCGCGUCCCUGCUGCGGAUGUGUCGCAUUAUCCCCGCUUUCGGUAUUGGUGGAUUCACUAAUACUGAGGGGCGGCUUUAUUUGCAUGACCAGCUGGAUGGUCGGCGGAAAGGGUCUUGA